GGUUAUAUAAAUGUUAAACUCUCGAGUGUUGUUUUUUGGGGGUUGUGCUUUUCGAGGGCAGCAAGGAAAGAAUUGCUAUUUUCAUGCAAAAUGCACAAGUUGAAAUCGUCACAGCGAGACAAGGUGAGGCAAUUUAUUCAGUUCACGAACACUGGAGAAAAGACUGCGAUUUACUGUCUCUCUCAGCACGAUUGGAGGCUAGAUGUAUCUUCAGAUAAUUACUUUCAAAAUCCAGAUAGAUACUGCAGGGAACCAAAACCGGUUGUAGAUAGAAAACAGAUCGAAAAAUUAUACAAUCGAUACAAAGAUCAAGUUGAAGAUGAUAAAAUCUUGGCUGAGGGAAUUGCAAGGUUUUGUGAUGACCUAAAUUUAGAUCCGACAAGUAAAAUAGUUUUGAUUGUUGCAUGGAAAUUCAAAGCUGCAACACAAUGUGAAUUUAGCAGAAAAGAGUUUAUAGAUGGCAUGAUGGAAAUUGGUUGCGAUUCAAUAGAAAAGUUAAAAUGUAAAUUAGGAUCAUUAGAAAAUGAGUUAAAAGACUCCAAUAAAUUCAAGAAUUUUUAUCAGUUUACCUUCAACUUUGCUAAAACUCCUGGGCAGAAGAGUCUAGAUCUCGAUAUGGCGCAAGCAUAUUGGCGAAUAGUUUUGGCAGGCAGAUUUGAGUUUCUAGAUUUGUGGUGCAAAUUUCUUGAGGAAAAUCAUAAAAAAUCAAUCCCACGGGACACUUGGAAUUUACUACUUGACUUCAGUAACAUGAUAACCGGUGAUAUGACAAACUACGAUGAAGAAGGUGCUUGGCCUGUGCUGAUUGAUGAUUUUGUGGAAUAUGCCAAACCAAUUGUACAGAAAAGGAGUACAACAGUCUGAAACUAGUACCUCGAGAGAAACACUGACAUUUCAAAUAUGAAUUCUUUGGUAUCGUGUGACCUCAUCUAAUAAAAUCUGCAAUUUGGUACCUGUGAUUUGAUUGUAUCCUUCUCCAAUGAUAAUACAGUUGUUGGAAUCGCUGAAGCGUGAAUGAUUGACAUCAAGGCAUGGCUGAUUGACAUCAAGCAUGUGCUAAUGACAUUGGCAGCUUGUGAGCUACAUUCUUCACAUAUUAUAUACCAAGCUACAUUACUUCCAGAUAUUAAUUUUUAUAUCCGAUCAUUAUGUUUGUGUAAUCUAGAUAUGACUAAUAGCAUUGAUAUUUAAGUACGUCAUCGGUUGUUUAAUACAAAGCAUGCUAGAGAAAUCGUCCGUCACAGGUUUUGUAUAUUCUACUUUGUUAUUUUUUUAUAAUAUUUUAUGAUUUAUGUUCAUGUUUUAUUGAACAUUUUUGAAAGAAUUGGAUUAUUUUGAAAGAAUUGGAGUAAUUGAGGCACUAAUAGACAUUUCAAGUUGUCGUCAUAGAGGAAGGCUUAAACUAGUAAAAAAAUCUUUUAAAUACCGAACAGAUAUUGAAUGUAAAAAAUAGUAUUUAUCUGCUAGUAAACUGACCAUUAGUAAGUAGAUGAUUGACAACAAUUAUGUUUCAAGUAGAUUCAGUCAACGCUCUCCAUUUUUAUGUGAUGAAUAUCUUUGAUUUGCCCAUAUAUACGCAUGGUGAUGUCAUAUGAUACCAUAGGUAUUUGUCAUAAAUUUGGGAUUCAACUGGAACCCUCCCAUUGAAAAUCGGGCACUAACCAUAAAGCUACAUUUUCCUGGAAACACUUGUCAAUCACAUGCCAUUUUCCAAGUCUCAUAAUUGUGAUGAUAAUUAGGGAGUAUGAAAGGCUUUGUACCCAGUAUUGUGGUAUUGAUUGGCAAACCUUAUCGUUGUCAAGAUAUACUCUUCAGAAAUCCAUUGUUGACAUACAGUAUUUAGGUCUUCAUCUUUUCAUGUACCACAUUGACUGUUUAAUUAGAAUUAUCGUUGAUAUAACAUUAUUACCCCCGUCAAGGAGCUUAUGUAUUCUCUGCUGUCUGUUGGUUAGCAAGAUUAGGCAUAAAAUUUAGUGGAAUGGUACAUAAUCUAAGAAAGAGAUGAUUAAAUUUUAGGAAGAUAAAAUCACAGGUUACAGACAGUUUUACACUCGCAUAAAUGAAAAUAGUGGAAUUUCCCAUACACAGCCUGUGUAUUGUUCGGUAUCAAGGCAUGGAAUGGAGGUAUGCACUCUAUGGAUUGAGUGCUCUAGUUCAUUAUUGCAUUCGUAAUUAAAUGCUGUUUUAUUAUUUAAAAAUAUGUAGGGUUAAUUUUUUUUCAUUGAAAUUGAUUAAUGAAGAUCAAAUAUUGCGUAUCAACAAUGGAUUAAGAAAUAAUUUAGUACAUUUUUUGUUUGCAAUUUCAUAUUUGAUAAUACUAGUAAUAGUAGUUGAUGCAGUUGAUUAUUUAUAGAAAGAUGUAGUGUAUUCCAUAGCUGGCUGGCAUAUUUCGUAUGACCAUUGUGUUUUAGACUGACUUUAGUUAUUGUAUCUGGCUUGAUACUUAGGUUACAGGAGGUAAAAUCUUGCGCCACACAUUAUUUGCUAUAAACAUGCAGUCUCAAGAAACGUGAUGCUUGUUCCGUCUGGUCUCAAAACCAUAUGCUUUUAUAAAUGUGAACAAGCCAACUUGUUCCUAAAAUCCUCUUUAUUGCUAUAUAUUGCUAACAUAGUGGAAAUUACUAUAACAUAUAUGUGACAGACAAGAUAAUCAAUUUCUUCCUUGAGUUCUACAAUAAUAAGGACAUGUAGCACACAAGGAUGUUGCACACGAGGGGCCAAUAUAACUCAAUCAAUUGAAA